ACAUUAUCAUCUCCAUCCACACAAAUAUUCUCUAAAACAAAAGAUAAACACACAUUCACUCAAACCUAUACAUACACAAUUUCUGUAUGUAUACAUUCUACAAACCCUAAUAAUUCCAACACAAAAUGGCAUCUCUUCUCCACAACUCAAUCUCUCUCCACCUUCAUCACCGGAACCACCACCUUCCUACUAUCUCCGGGCACCGUGCCAACCGCCGUCGUCCGCCCUCGUUCCGGCGCCGUUCCUCCAUAACCUGUUCCGAAAAUUCCGGACAGUUCAUUUCAAGACAGAAUCAAGCUCCGGCGGCGGCGGAGCAACGGCGGACGCUGUUUCCCGGCGGAUAUAAACGGCCGGAGAUAAAAGUUCCUAACUUUGUACUGGAAGUGAAAGCUGAAGAGGUGCUGAAUGAUGAGAAAAUGGUGGUUGAGAUAGUUGAUAAGGUGGUUAGAGAGGUGGUUGGGAUGAUAGUUGUGUUGAAAGAUGAGAAUAAUAAUGGGAGAGUUUUGUAUGAUGCAAGCUGUUUGUUGAAAAGUGUGAUUAGAGAUAGAGCUUAUUUGUUGAUUAGUGAAAGAGUUGAUAUUGCUACUGCUGUUAAUGCUAGUGGUGUUGUUGUUUCUGAUCAAGGCUUACCUGCAAUUGUUGCAAGGAAUACAAUUAUGGAUUCAAGAUCAGACUCUGUUUUUCUUCCAUUAAUUGGAAGAAAGGUGCAAACUUCAAAUGCUGCUAUGAAUGCCUCUAGCUUUGAAGGUGCUGAUUUUCUAAUCUAUGAUAACAAUAAAGAAGAAAGCAUAGAGGGAUUGUCAGAGUCUGUGAUGAAUAAAGUUAAAAUUCCAACAUUUGUGACUAUUGAUUCGCUUGAUGGAGAUAAGUUGGUCAAUGAUAUGACGUUUUUGUUACAAUCUGGAGCAAGCGGUGUAGUUGUUUCACUGGAAGGAUUGAAGUUGCUAGGAUCCGAGGCUUUGAACAAGAUAUAUAGCAUGCAGGUAACAGAUAAAAGAAUGGAAGGUUUAACUGAUGGUUUAGAUUUGGAUCGAUCAAACGGAUAUUUAGGUGUAAAGGGGUUGGCUGGAUUUGUCAACUUGGAGGAUCGAGAAGCAGAGCUGAUAGAAACCGAGCGAUCUCUGCUGCUCGAAGCAAUUAAUGUUAUCAAGAAAGCUUCGCCUCUGAUGGAGGAAGUUUCGCUUCUCAGUGAUGCCGUUUCAUACCUCAGUGAGCCGUUCUUACUGGUUAUAGUGGGUGAAUUUAAUUCUGGGAAAUCGACUUUCAUAAAUGCUCUUCUUGGGAGAAAGUAUUUAAAAGAUGGAGUUGUUCCUACAACAAAUGAGAUAACUUUUUUACGCUAUUCUGAGCUUGAUUCCAACGCAGAACAGCGUUGUGAAAGGCACCCAGAUGGCCAAUAUAUAUGUUAUUUACCUGCACCAAUUCUCGAGCAUAUGAUUAUUGUUGAUACACCGGGAACCAAUGUGAUUCUUCAAAGACAACAGCGCCUGACUGAAGAGUUUGUGCCCCGAGCAGAUUUGCUUCUUUUUGUUAUUUCUGCAGAUCGUCCAUUGACCGAAAGUGAGGUUGCUUUUUUGCGUUACACACAGCAAUGGAAGAAAAAAGUAGUGUUUGUACUGAAUAAAUCUGAUAUAUACCAAAGUCCCAUGGAGCUUGAGGAAGCAGUUGAGUUUAUCAAAGAAAACACACAAAAGCUCUUAAGUACUGAAGUAACAUUAUUUCCUGUAUCUGCACGGUCCGCCCUUAAACAAAAACUGUCAACCAUAACUGAUACUGUUGAAACUCAUGAAGCACUGCCAGGAAACGAUUCUUAUUGGGAGACAACUAGCUUUUAUGAGCUCGAGAAGUUCUUAUACAGCUUCUUAGACAGGUCAACCAGUACAGGAACGGAAAGAAUGAAACUUAAACUCGAAACACCUAUAGCAAUCGCUGAGCAACUCCUUUCUGCAUCACAAAAGCUUGUGGAACGAGAUUGCCAGCAGGCUAAACAAGAUCUGAUUUCAAUUAAUGAGCUUAUAAGCAGUGUUAAAGACUAUGCAUACAAGAUGGAAACCGAAAGCAUAUCUUGGAAGAGACAAUCUUUGUCACUGAUAGAUAAAACCCAAGCACGCAUUGUGGAUCUUAUUGUGUCGACUUUGCGGCUGUCGAAUCUUGAUAUUGUCGUGUCAUAUGUUUUCAGAGGAGGUAAUAAAUCUCCGAUGCCUGCCGCUCAAAGUGUUAGAAAUGACAUAAUUGCUCCAGCACUUUCAGAAUCACAAAAAUUACAAGGUAAUUAUAUUGCAUGGCUCCAAUCAAAUAAUGCGCGUGAAGUACAGCUUUAUGAGGAAACUUUUGAGAGAAGAUGGGCCUCAUUUAUGGACUCACGCAACCGAUAUUUGUCAGAGACUCGCAAAUUAGUUGAGAAAAAAAAUGAGUUCAGUAUGGAAGUGGUAGAAGACUUUAGUGCUGCGGCUGCUUCUAAGCUAUUUGAGCAAGAAAUCCGUGAAGUGUUCUUGGGGACAUUUGGUGGGAUAGGAACAGCUAGUUUAUUAGCUUCACUUCUGACAUCAGUGCUACCAACCACUUUAGAAGAUCUUCUUGCUCUUGGUCUUUGCUCCGCUGGCGGUUACAUAGCAGUUGCAAAUUUCCCGGCUCGUAGGCAAAAAGUGGUUGAGAAAGUAAAGAGAACCGCUGAUAGCUUAGCACGUAAGCUCGAAGAAGCAAUGCAGAGAGAUCUGUUGGAGACAACCAAGAGUCUCGAAAACUAUGUUAAACUCAUGGGCAAGCCUUAUCAAGAUUUGGCACAAAGUAGAUUAGAUGAACUUGUGACUAUUCAAGAUGAAUUGGCAAAAAUGGAGGAAAGAAUUAAAGCAUUGCAGAUUAAUGUUCAAAAUAUUCACACGUCAUCAUGAUAUCAUGAAAUUAUAGUACACUUUUUGAAGAAUAUCAAUGCCUUCUUUGAUCUUGCUAAGUUGAAUAUGCUCUUUAUUAUAGAAUGUAUUUAUAAGUCAACAUCUUGUAUGUUGUAUUAUCAUGUAUUGUGUAAUUGGAAUUUUGGUAUAGGUAAAGCUAAAUAGUAUUUGAUUGAUAUUUAUAGAAUGACUUGGCUAGGUGUAAACAAGUGGACUAAAUGCUAGCCAGAGACAUUGGUAAUGCAUGGCUUAAUAUGAGAUUGUUAUUGUUGAGCUCCUUAA